UGGUAAUAAAAAAUAUCUUACAAAAAAUUCGGGUUUUCAUAUCUAAAGAAGGUGUGUUCUCGGAAGUUAUAAUAAAGUGAUUCCUUUGUUGAUGAAUUAAAAUGUUACCUCAUUAAGGACUUGAUGGAAGCGUAUAGAUUGAAUAAUUUAAUGAAUUAUCGAAUAGUGUUAGUGAUAUUGUUAACAUUGCGUCACGUAUUUAGUAUUUAGUGUUAUCAAAGACCAUGUUUAACAGUUUAUACGAACAUUGGUAUGUGGUUCGUGCUUAGCAGUUUGUUAUUCUUCGAUCAGCGUGUUUAAUAUUAAUCCAGCGGAAUGGUAGUGAAAAACCGUGAGGUUGUCGAUGACACCCCAAACCAGCUCGACCUGAACACCGUGGCGAACUACAUUAGGCUGAUCAACGAACAGCCGAAUUACAUACCGCCUGCCAACGAGCUCAUCGACAAUUGUCUCAACAUUGUAACAUGCCUAAGCCAAACUGCGGGCACAGAAGACGAGUUGUGGGGUCUGCUGACGGCCGUCGAAGAUUACCUCGUGCGCCUCAUUACUUCCUUGAACUGCCCUUUGCGCAAUGACCUCAUCAAUGCUAUUUUGGAUAAAUUCUUCACCAUAAUCUCCGAUCCAACGUCUAAUGCCCGUCCUGCUAUGUCAGUGAUCCUGAUUGUGCUCGAUGGAUCUGAGACCGAGGCACCUUUCGGCACAGCACGCUGGUUGGAAGGCGGUCCAUCUCCAGCCAGCCUCGGCACCGCUCUCGCUUGCCUCUACCGAUGGAUUUCGGAGUGGAAUGCCUCCCCGGCUUUAAGUGAUUGGGUCCUAGGAUACAUGAAGAAAUUGGAGGAGAACGAACAGUAUGAUGUUUUGAUCGAGGUAAGCAAGGAUAAUUUGUCUCGCCUAUUAUUGGCAGUCAAUAAUCCUACGGACCUCCGACAGUCUAAUGCCGAAGUCAUUUUUCAUGUAAUGGCUUCGCUUCGCGAAACCACCGACAUUCUCGAUAAGGUCGCUCCAAAUUUGGGCGAGGUGCUGAAUGCCCUGGUAGCUGACAGCCGGCAGUGGAGCUGGCAGCUAUUGCAGAAUGUCGUUGACAUAACUACAGCGAUGGUAGACCAUCUCAGAGCGCCGUUGUUGGGACAGGACCUUGUCAGGUUCAACAACAGAUACAAUGCUGUGAUUACGUGCUUGGAGCAACAUAUGGCAAGUAGGAGUAGCCAAUUCUUGAGACUGCCGGCUUGGGGAUCGCAAAGCAACAUGGCGGCGGCGGCGGGUAACGAUAUGACUGUCGUACGCAAGAUCGGCCUUUUGAACAGAGGCACCACAUGCUACGUGAACAGUGCCAUGCAGGCAUUACUGGCUACUAGAGAAUUUAGUAACUUUGUAGUAAUGCACAUGCAUGAUCGUGCGUACUGGGCUAAACUGGCGGAGCUUUUCGCCAAAUUGAAGUACUCUGUGUCCACUAAAGUCGACCCGGAUGAUUUUUACGUUACAAUGAAUUCGCCGAAAUUCAACAUCGACAUACAACACGAUACCUCCGAGUUCCUGGGGUAUUUCUUCGAAUUGCUUUUGUCGUACGAGCAUAAGAUGGAUUGCGGCCAUGACUACUCCAAGCCGCCUGUUAUAAUAACAUAUAGACGACGCCUGCCACCGCCGCUCACAUUGUCUCCCAAUCCCACCGAAGAGGAGCCCGUUGAAAAUAAUCAAGAUGAAGCAGUGGCCGGUAGCAGCACUGGUGCCACCGCAUCAAGGAAGCGUACUCGUAAAGGAUCGAGCAACAAUCGUAAACGUCAAAGGACAACUGAACCACCACCACCUGAAGCACCUGAGUCAUUCGUUGAUCAUAUUUUCGGUGGUGUGAUACUGUCACAUAUGAGAUGUUUGGUUUGCAACGAGUUAUCAUCUACUCGCGAUGUCUUCCGUGAUCUGACACUCGCUUUCCCUGAAGCUAAGAAAGACCAUAUUCACACAGUGCAGAGUCUCGUUGACUAUUAUUGUUCUACUGAACUCCUGACUGCUGAUAAUCGCUACAAGUGUCCCGCGUGCGGAUGUAAACGCGAUGUUGAACGACGAGCUGUUAUUGAAUAUACACCGCGUUAUCUCAUCAUUGUCUUGAAAAACUUCAAGUUCGACGCGAAGAAGCUCACCCAGAAUAAAUUGAUGUCGCCAACAAUUUACAAUCACAGUGUGACUUUGCCAACUGUACCUGCACAGACACAAAAUGGUUAUACUAUGUAUGCGGCCAUUGUUCACGAGGGUUCCUCCAUGUCGUCCGGACACUAUUAUACAUUGGCCAAGACUGAAGAUGGCUGGUAUUUAUUCAACGAUGACACAGUCACCAAAUGCAAUGAAGAUGAUAUACAAUUCCUGCGUCCCUGUAACACUCCGUACAUGCUGUUCUAUCGUCGUGAUGAUGUCGUUGAAGUACCAUUCCCUUCAUUGAACGAGGUUCCACCAAACAUCAGGGAAUUGGUGAAAGUUCACAACAAGUUGUACAUCGAGACGGUUCAGAAGUUGCAGUUGACGCGGCCAUGACGUACGCGUUCACAGAAAAAUAUCGAUUUCUCGGUACUCGAUUACGUUGAUAAUGAAU